ACGGACGUCCCAUCGCAGUCGUCCUGGAGACGGGGAUGCAGAACCCAGACGAGGGGCCGGUGCUGGAUCCUGAUUGGCCGAGCAUCCUGAGGGCCGAGCUUCCUUUCUGGAACGGCUGUGAGCAGGAGGAUAUCUGCGUCCCCGACCUCGUGCUGCACAGUCACACUGACCUGAUGGACGUUCAGCAGUUCUGCAGCUCGAGGGAACGAGCAGCGUGGUCACUUUGCGGCCUCCAGGGGGCGACUGCGGGCUCGGUGUUUGUGGUGGAGUCUGUGCGGAGGAGGAUGGGGGUGUUCGCUCGACUGGAGAACCAGGGAGAGAACGCAUACGGAGCCUCCAUCCACAUCUCCACCUCCUCCAACCUGCUCUUCUCCAGCCUCAUCGUCAAGGACCAAUCAGAUAUUCAGAUUGAGUGCUACGCUGAGGACAGACUGGCCAAUCAGAGGUUCUGUAACGUCAGCGCUCCGUUCAUGAAAUCCUUGUCCCAGGUUUCUUUCCAUCUGGAGUUUCAGCUCAGCCGCUCCGUCUUCCUGGACCACGUACGGGUCGUCAUGGAAACCACCAGUGAGGGUCAGGAGGGUUUUCCAGAUGACAACAUCAACGACAUCUUCCUUCCUCUGAAAUAUCAAACUGAUCUCCUCUUCACCAGAGACCCUAACCCUCCUCGGUUUGAAAUCAAAUCCUCUUCCUCCUCUUCAUCCUGGGACCAGCCGGACAGCAGCUCGUCCACCUUCAACCUCACCUACUACAUCCAGAACCUGGGCAUCUUCUCCGUGUACGACGUCCUGUUCAGAGCUGAUAUCUGGGCUGUGACCCUGCAGGGGAACCAGCUGCUGAACAUCACAGACUACAGCAUCACCCAGGUACCAGGCUCCGUCUGCACACUGCCUCAGCUCAGGACCAAUCAGAUCACAGCUGAGGACCUGUCUCCACUGUCCCAGCUGAACCACAGUAACAGUGUGAACAUGGCGGUACAGUGUCGACUGAACCUCCCAGCCUCCAGAGAGGUGAAGGUGACGCUCAGAGGACGACUCCAGCUUCCUGCUCUGCUCGCU